GUAAUUUAAUUGCGCAACUUUCUUUUUUCAGAAUCGCUAAAUACGAUUGUUGUAGUUUAUUGAUCUGUCUCUCUUUUGGUUCUAUAUCACUUUUUACAGAACGAUGGAAAGUCCAGCUACAGCAAGUCCGCAGGAAGAACUCAACGAUUUCUAUAUAUUAAAUGGCCCCACGGUACCGGAAAACUCUUCAAAAUCGAUCUCCAACAAUAACAGCCGACCCUACCGUUUAGAGCAACGUUUUGAGCAAAAGCUCAGCUUAUCAGAAAGCAAUCAUAGGGACGGUAGCAUAAAACGAGCACAAGCUGCUGAACAAAAGAGAAAAGCUUUUUUAGAACAGAAAAAAGGCAACCUUAGCAAGAACUAUACUCUCAAGGUUAAGAAAAUAGCCAAAGAAGCGAAGGCUAAUCGUGAAAGGAAACUGUAUACACUAUCGAAAUCCAUGGAGUUGGCUGAAUUCAAUCGAAAGCAAUACAUUGAGCAAAAAAGGGCCAAGUCCAAGGAAAGUGUUGAAAGGGCAAAAUACGUUGCACUUCAGCAUCAACUUCGCUCUGAGCAAGAACAAAGUACGUGAAAGGCGAAAGGCUGAACUUGAAAGAAGGUUGAAGAAAACGGAAGAACGACGAUUGGCGCAUCUGAAUAGUCGCAAUAAGAAAAAGCAACCAGCACCUU